AUGUCCUUGUCGACACACUUCGUGGCAGGAGACUGUCUGUUUGCUCUGAGUCUCCAAAUGGAGAGGAGCCCAGAACUGGUGACCAUAUGUAACUGUUUGAAAGAGCCCCUCAGGUGGCUGCUCUACCAGAUAAUGAAGCUUGCUUAUGCUGGAGCUCAAGAAGAGACAAAGGAAACAUGUGUACCAGGCUUUCAGGAGAAAGAGUACCAAGUGCAGUACAAUGGAGGGUUCCAGAAAGAAAAACCCGUUCUGCAAGUGCUUUUUAACGACUGUUCGGGGAACAAGGACGUUGCUUUUGAGGUGUCCCACCCAGACUUUGUGAUAGAUGAGAAUCUAAAUCUGGCGCCCAGACGAGAUGUGCUUGACGUCGGAGAUGUUAUGUUUGUUCAUGGAGUCAACGAACACGUCGAUGACAUGGCACAAGUCAACAUCAUAGGGGCCCCUCUGAGGUCCCCACAAACACUAAGGGAGAUUCUGGGCAUUGGAGACAUGCAGGCGUACAGGGCUAAGAGAUCUCUGCUGGUGCCGCCCAUGUUUGUGCCUGAGAACCAGAGAGCGCCGUUUCCUCGCUUUAUUGGAAAGGUGAUAUCGUCUGAGUUGAAAGAGGACCACAUCUUCCGUCUGACAGGAAAAGGGGCGGACCAGGACCCGAAGGGCGUGUUCAGCAUCAACAGAUUGACAGGCGAGGUGGCCGUUAGCAGAGCUCUGGACCGUGAGGACAUUGCCUUUUACCAUCUCCAGGUGUCCACCACAGACCUGAGCGGUCGCCUGGUGGAGGGGCCGGUCGACCUGGAUGUGUUCGUCAUCGACCAGAACGACAACAGGCCGACCUUCAGAGAGUCCCGCUACUCUGGCCAAGUUCUGGAAGGCUCUCCCUCUGGAACGACGGUGAUGACUAUGACUGCGUUCGACGCCGACGACCCCAACACGGACAACGCCGUCCUCCGUUACAUCAUCGUCCGUCAGUCCCCAGACAAACCGUCACCCAACAUGUUUUACAUAGACCCCGAGAAGGGUGACAUCAUCACGGUGAUCGCUCCGAGCAAACUGGACAGGGAGACUCUUCCCACUACCCAGUACGAGCUGGAGAUCGUGGCCAAGGACAUGGCAGGCAGCGAGGUCGGACUGACUGGAACAGCUACAGCCACCAUCACCAUCACAGACCGCAAUGACCACGCCCCUGAGUUCACCCACUCACUGUUCCAGGCGACGGUGAAUGAGGACUCAACAGGAGUGGUGUUAAACCUGACAGUGGAUGACAGAGAUGAUCCAGCCACCGGGGCGUGGAGAGCCAUCUACUCCAUCAUUAACGGCAACCCCAACGAGGCCUUUGACAUCCAGACCAACCCCGAUAACAACGAGGGCAUGCUGACUGUGGUGAAGCCUUUGGACUACGAAAGUACAGCCUUCCACACUUUACUGAUAAAAGUCGAGAACGAGGAUCCUCUGGUACCAGAUGUGGGAUACGGACCCAGUUCCACGGCGACGGUACACGUUACCGUCAUGGACGUCAACGAGGGCCCCGUGUUUUUCCCAGACCCUCUGGUGGUUACAAAGCGGGAGAACAUCCCCGUGGGCAGUUUUGUGGCUAUGCUUAACGCUACGGAUCCAGACAACCUGCAGAUCCAGAGCAUAAGGUUUGCCGUGCAGCAUGAUCCAGCUGGAUGGCUCUCCGUGAACCCCGUCAAGGGCAUGGUCAACACGACCGCCGUUUUAGACCGCGAGUCUCCCUACGUCCACGACAACAAGUACAGCGCCGUCUUUGUGGCCACAGACAACGGAAGUCCACCUGCCACGGGCACAGGCACGCUGGUCAUCACCUUGGAGGACGAGAACGACAACGCCCCCUACGUGUACCCGUCGGUGGUGCGGGUGUGCGAGGACGCCAAAGACAUGAACGUGGUGAUCGUGGGCGGCAGAGACAACGACAUCUACCCCAACACUGAGCCCUUCAAGAUCGACCUGGGCAAACAGCCAGGCCUAGAGAAAACGUGGAAGGUCUCUCGAGUUAACAGUACCCACUCUCAGAUCAUGCUGCUCCACAGCCUGAAAAGGGCAAACUACAACUUGCCCCUGGUGGUGACAGACUCCGGCAUGCCCCCUCUCUCCAACAGCACAGACCUUAAAGUGCAGGUGUGCACCUGUAAGAAGAACAGAAUGGACUGCAGUGGGGCAGCCUCUCUCCAGUUCAACCUCUCACUGCUGCUGGGCCUAGCUCUGCUCUCUGUAAUCUGUGAGUAUAAUCCCGUAAUCUCAUGUUCGUGCCCUCAGAUUAGGGCGAUAUAA